CGUUCGUAACGGUAACCGAUUGCUUUAUUCUUAGGGUUCGUAUUAGUACGAGUAAUUAAUCCCUUAAAGUAUUUUUUCGACGUAGUUGUACUAAGCUGCAAAGAGACCUGCAACACAAUGCUAUCGUUAGAUUUUCUCGACGAUGUCCGGCGAAUGAAUAAGCGCCAGCUCUAUUAUCAGGUGCUGAACUUCGGAAUGAUCGUAUCUUCAGCCUUGAUGAUCUGGAAAGGUCUGAUGGUUGUAACUGGCAGUGAGAGUCCAAUAGUUGUCGUUCUCAGUGGGAGUAUGGAACCUGCGUUUCACAGAGGAGACCUCCUCUUCCUCACAAACAGAGCUGAGGAUCCAAUCCGAGUUGGAGAGAUUGUGGUGUUCAGGAUCGAGGGCAGAGAGAUCCCCAUUGUGCACAGAGUACUUAAAAUCCAUGAGAAGGAAAAUGGGGAUAUCAAGUUUUUGACAAAAGGUGACAAUAACGCUGUGGAUGACAGGGGCUUGUACAAGCAGGGCCAACAUUGGUUGGAGAAGAAAGAUGUUGUGGGCAGGGCUAGAGGGUUUGUGCCAUAUAUAGGGAUUGUUACAAUUCUCAUGAAUGACUAUCCUAAAUUUAAGUAUGCUGUUCUGUGUAUGCUGGGACUUUUUGUCUUGGUUCACAGAGAAUGAAGACCACCCAACCAAUGAUGACAGCAUGCCAAGGCAAACUCAGCACACACACACAUUCACACACACACAUUCACACACACACACACACACACACACACACACACACACACACUCACACGUCUGUAGGAGACAUUUUAUAUGGAUUGCUUGUUUAAUUUGCUUCUGUUAAUCAUGCCCUUGUUCUAAGAGAAACAGGUCAAAUACGCUUUAUACUCAGUUCACCUGGACGUAAAGCAGGCAAAAGUGAGUGUUAGGACUACUGCAGAGAUGUAGAUAUGUUGGUUUACCUCUUUGUCACACUGAAUCAUAUUUUUGUUUGAUUUAUACAUGUUGUUAUACUACACCAAAUCUGCAGAACAGUCACAUCUCUUUGUAAAAUGCUUAAUUUUUCUAUGGAAUAUGAAUUAAAAUAUUAA